AUGCCGGCAUCAAUCCCAUCCCAGCAAACACCUGGGAAAGAUUCAUCGGGUUGGGUUCAGUCCCGGAGCUCCAAUCCGCCUCGAGACGAUGACUCGGGCUCUGGAGUUGAAGCCCCAUCUUCCCGCAGACGAUUACACAAGCCCGUUUCGGAAGCUAAUCUACAAUCCGAAGCUUCCCAUCAGCCCUCUAAGAGUAUCACCGGGUCGCGUUUUGGUGCCAUGGCCAAGAGGAGGUUAUCCAUUCGCGAUCAGAAGGCGCCUCAGGGUCCGCGACCGCAGGAAUCCUCGCAAAGAAGGUAG